AUGGAGCUCAACAGAGAACGCGAACCUCAAGACCUCGUCAAUGGCAGCAAUGAAAAUAAAGCAAUACUAUCUGAGGAUUCACUGCGUCAAUUGAGCAAGUCUUUGACGGGGCUUAUUCCGAAUAAUGUGGACGUUCUCGAGGAGGGUGUCAUUGCGCACAUUCAGUCCAUUCUACAAGACCUCUUGCAGACCGCUAGUUCAACGGAGCUUUCUCUUACACAUGGGGCUGCCGCCCUGAAUGCUCUUUGCGGGUUUCUUGAACAGUGUAGUGCCUCUUAUGAACAUCGAAUUCGAGAUCUCUCCUACAAUCCGGAGAUAUGGACACGAGCUUUCAAUGUCUACAUUACAAGAUCAGAUAACAACAAACCCAAGCCACUGAGAAGGCUUCUACUGACACUAGCACGCCUAUUAUCGAAGCAUCCUGUAGAUACAGAAAGAGACUUCCUGCUCGGGACUGCUAGUUGUAUUGCUAUUCGAGCUAUCCGCAAGCAACAUGACUUUGCAGAUAUCAAGCCUGCAAUACAAGUAUUGGAGCACUUCCUUAGCAGAGAUCUCCUUUCUGCUGUCGAAAUUGUCCAAAUCAAAAGGCCAGAAGAGCUGAGACUCUCUCGGACGGAGUCAUUGCAAAAGGACAACAAUGAUCUUUAUAAUCAGCAGGAACGGGUCGAUCAGUCUGUACAGAAAUUUGCACUGAGUGCGUUGGAAUGGAUGCGGUAUCCCGAUUGCGCUCCUGCUGUGGGACGUUUCUUGCCCGUGUUUUUUAAGUCCUUUGGUAAGAGCCAGAAUGGCGAUACCGUUCACGUCUCGAAAGAUGGUGUAAUACCACUGUGGAUAUCCCCUGUGAAGGCAACUCUAGAGCGACACCAGGGACUUUUGGAAGUCUUCGAAAUUCACAUAUUGCCAGGUCUGUUCCGCCUGGGCCCUGCUGAUGUAAAGGCAUUCCUAAGGACAUUGCCAUUCGAAAGCAUCCAGCGUGGGAAUGUAGGUUCCAGCAGUAUUUCAGAGAUUCAAUUAUGCUUAUUGGUGGCAAAAACAGACGAAGACUCUAGCCUCGGGAAAUGCUUUGAUCAAAGGCAGAGCACCUCACUUGACUUGACGAAUCUUGGGAUCAGCCUCCUCGAACAUUCUUCGUCAAGUGUGAGACUUGCCGCUCUUUCUCUCUUGGUCUCUUCUUCGGCUUCUGCAAGACCAUUCUGCAGACGAGUACUACGUCGUGUGCAGCAGUGUAUACCUUACUUUCAUGUUGAAGUCAAUGCAAAGCCGCGUAACGAAUUCAUCGCUUUGAUGAAGAAGCUUUGUAUGAGACUUCGAGGUGCUACCGUGUCUCUGUUGAGGCACGGUCAGGAUCCAGACAUUUUGACUAGAGAGCAAACUUCCAUUACAUCCCGAUUAGUUGCAAGGAUUGGUGGCGAAGGGCCAGUGAGCUCAAGAAAUGUCAUCAAGCAAGUGCUUGAUGAGGGACCGCACAUUCUGGAAGAGCACCUCGCUUUUCGAAAAUGGUAUAUGGUGUUUCUACUUCAAGAACUGCGCCCAACAGCAUCAUAUCAAAGCCAUGUCACGGCACUGAAGAUACUAGAAUUCUUGACGGAGCAAACUAUCGCUCUACGCAGUCUAUCGUCGAAAAGCCACAAUGACUACCUCGACGCCUUGAACGAACACCUGCCCAGAGGCUUGUUGCUAAGGCCCCUUACUGAGUUAUUGUUUGACCCCUUUGAUGAUGUCCGCCAAUCCGCAAGUACAGUCUUCGAUCUUCAUCUGUCGAUAAAUUCAAUCCCACGAAAAAGUAUAUCCAGAGGGGGAACGGAUGGCAAAGCAGACUCAUUGGACCAGGAAGCUAGGAAUCAAGCCGACAAUGAAGAGGGCCAUCGCAAAACCAAUUAUCCGAUACUCAUCGACUUGAACAAGGCUGAGAACAGAGCCGGAGUCACAGGUCGAGCAGAUCACGCAGACGGUUUUGGAAGACUGAACAAUCUCCUGUACACAACCAGUGGGACUCUUUUCAAGCCAGCUGGGUGGCACCAAAGUCAUUAUUUGAUAGUGGACCACGUCAUAUCAACGCUGGAAGAGGAGGUCGAUAUCGCCAAAGGCGACCUGCUGUUCGCCGUCAGUAGUAGGCCUCUUCACGGCCACCUGAUCGCUCUCAGAUAUAUAGUCAGCCGCACCGACUACGUCAGAUCGCUCGACGCAUCGCUGGACCAAUGGGAAGUUUUCGAUAGAAGAAUAUUUUCUGUUUGCUCUGGUGUCUGGGAGGUAGUGCAAGACGUCCUCUGCUUCGAUGCUCCAGAGGGCCAUGACAUUAGCGAGGACGACUUCAGUGAACAGGAUAGAGGAACCAAAGAUAUACUUUCAUUCUGCUGGCGGGCUUUAAAAGAAUCAAGUUUACUGAUGCAUGCAAUGGUCAUGAAUAUUGGCUACAUUCCUUCAUCUCUCCGCGAGAGUACCGAUUACAAAGGCUAUCAUGAAUUCGGACUCCAAGCUUUUACGCAGCUGGCUGAGCUGCGUCAUCGGGGAGCUUUCUCCACAGUCUCGCUUACUUUUGCGGCGUGCUGCAUAAUGUGUGCUCGUUCAUCCCAAGUAGCAGUUCGAGAAUAUCCUAAGACUUGGUAUAAGCUUGCGUUGAAAAGUAUCGAGGACAAUGCCUCCUCGCUUACGAGAAGGUCCGCCGGUAUACCGGCUAUAAUCACUGGUGUACUCGCCGCCUAUUCAGGAGACAAGUUCUUUGAUGAUGUGGUUGUAAACCUGCAAGCCAUGGCAGAUGCACCUAUCGGGGUUGAUCUGGGCUCUCUACCUCAAGUGCAUGCGCUGAACUGCCUCAAAGACAUCUUCACGGAUGCACGAUUCGGGCUCAACACAGAAAUCUACGUUGCGGAUACCUUGGAAAUUGCCGCUUCGUGCCUUGAAAGUCAGAUAUGGAACAUACGCAAUUGCGGCCUAAUGCUUUUCAAAGCUUUGUUAAAGCGUCUCAAUGGUGGGACUGAUACUUCGUCCACCAAAGCCUCCAGCUCACAUCGCCGAUUCUCGCAAUUGACAUACCAAAAAUAUGCCAACCUACCAGAGCUUCUACUAAGACUACUUCGCCGAACACCGACCCAAACGCAAGCCAAUGGCAGAGAAUUAUACCCGACGAUGCAAGCUCACAAGGUUUUUCCUGCACUCGAGGUAAUCGAAAGAUCCGGUAUACCAUCUCAGCACGAGAGCCUGUUUCUUGAUGCUUUGCGAUACUACAACGAGUCGCCUGACUGGUCGAUCCGGGAGAAAGCUGCAAAAGCCCUGAGCCUGAUUGUUGAUGAAACAAGCAUCGUGGAGGAAGUCACAAGCUUGCUUGCGCCUAAUUGGAUAUCACAAAACGCUUUGCAUGGGAGACUCCUCCGUCUGCGAUUCUUGCUUGCUCGUAAUGAAGCUCCACUGUUUGGCGACUUACUAAGCACUUAUGAAGCGAUUCCGCCCAUGUUAGAAGACUCAUUCGAGGCCUUAGUUAUACGCAAUGCUUGCCCGGUCACUACCGCAGCAUUCCUCAACAUUUUAGCAGACUUGUUUGCUAUCUUAAAUCUGUCCAACAGCGAGAAGACCAAGUCUUUCUUAUUGCCGGUAUUGGCGAUGGACCAAGAAAAUAUAGCGAAGUAUUCCGCCUCGGCUCUUCAAAGUAGCCCCCUAAAGCGUUGCAUAAACCUAGCCAACUACAUGCAUGCUUUGAAACAUCGGCCACAGAGGAAUGGUAGUACUGAAACUCUCCGGCAUUUCUCAGGAGUCGAUAAGGAUGCGCUUCAGAUCGUGAAUAUGGCACUACAGUAUAUGUCUGAUGAGAGCGACUUGGCCGUCCUACGUUUCUGUUCCGCUCGUGAGCUUCGUUGGGCUCCAGAGAUAACGCAAUGCUCUGAUACAACUAUCAGAAUGAUCACGAAGAAUCAUCGGCAAUUUGAUUAUACCCUGGCUUUGCAGGGAUAUGCUCUUGGAGAACGCUAUGCAUUUGAUGCCACUAACACUGAAGUUCAAGCAUGGAUCCGUCUGCUUUCCACAGCAGGAGCUGAACGCUCCGAUCUUCGUACUAGGACGGCAGUAGUCUUCUCAAUAAGAGCGUUUUUUGAUGGCUUACUGGACCAUAACUUCCAACUGGUCCCAGAUCCUCAGAUUCUCGGAGUCUAUCUGGCACUCUAUGACAGCCUGGUAGAUGACGAUGAAGAUGUCCGAGACCAAGGAGCAAGGGUCGCCUCGACUAUACUUUCCGUGAUUACGUCCACGGCUGCUGACUACGGCACCAAUACUCUAUCGCUAUCUCCACCUGCGGCUAAAAAAGGAUUACUUCGGUUCUUAUGCGAAGGUUAUCGAACUUCGAUGCAGCUCUGCGUGGAAACUAUUGGACGGCUGACUGGUAUGGUUUCAGCAAUAGAAUCUGCCUCAGCCAACAUGCAGGACGGCGAAACUCAGACCAAGCCGGGCAAGUCUGUUUUGCACAUCCGCUCAGUUGCCGAUCUCUCUCUAGAAGCCCGAACGACAUCAACCGUAGUCUUCGUCGAAGAAAAACAGAACUUGUAUAUCGAUACAGUCAGCGAAGCCGAAGGCUGGGCGGAACUCUUGUGCCGGCUUGAUCCUGACGCAUGGCCCGCGAGCCUCGCAUCAGAUUUAGAAACCUGGACUGGCGAAGGACUCGCGUAUAUUCUUGAGAUUCUCCAAAACGGUGUAGACGGAGCGCUGAGUACGACGUCGAAGCCAGAAGUCUUUACCCUUUUCACUCGAGUCUUCCUAGCAGCGAGGGUAAACAUCAGACGCUGCGGGAACCAUGUGUCUUCAAAGGGAAAGGGUAAAGAGCAUGUAUGUGUUGGAUUGUUGGAGAAGCUUCUAGACUUGGGCAGAUCAAGGCUCUUUCAUGAUCUUCUACUCCAUCGCAUUGAGACAAUAGUAGAGGAAAGCUUCAAUUGCCAGAGUCAAGAUCAGGGGUAG